AUGGCUCAAAACAUCGACUGGUUACACAGUAAGGCAGAGGUCUGUAAAGUAAGUCACUACAGCCCGAAAGGACACAAAGACCUAGACUGUAAAAUGGUCAGUUUUAUCGAUGUGCCCAGUUUAAAUAUAAAGGAUAAAAGAGAAUACAGCCAACUUGAUUUGGGUAGUCUGGAGGAAAGAGAAGUUAUUGUAAUAAAAAAUAAUGACAGGACUAAUCCGAACAAUAUGGAAGGUGCAGUUUGCCUUUUCAAGCAAGGUUCUUCUGAACAACUCAAUGUUAUGAGCUGGAUAAGCAAUGAUCUUCAAAAAUAUGCAACUGGAUUUCAGUAUGGAUUGACACCAGCAAGUGGAACUUGUAAAAAUCAGGCUUAUAAUGUAUCAGCUGAUAGGCUGACUACCAGCCACAAAGGAAACUCAGAAGAUCCUUCUUAUGUCAAUAAACUUUGCUCCCUACUCGUUCAAAAAGCAUGCCAGGAGAUCAAGGGCAAAUUGGAACGUAGCAACAGUGAUGUACACACUCCCAUCAGUGGUGAAAGGAAGCCUGCAACUUCAGGGUCUGAUCGUGGUUCAGAUAAGCCCUGGUUUCUAGACUUGCAUGCAAAAGACAUUUUUGGAAUGGCUCUGGGAUUGAUGCAGCAGCACAUACUAGAAAAAACAAGGGAAGCUUCUUGUAAGAUAAAUGCCAGGACACCUACCUACACUCACAAAGAUCCAGCUAAUUAUGAUUGGGCUACAGGAAGCCAAAGUCCCAAGUGCAGUCCAGGAACCAGUGGGACACAAGAACAUCUUUUGAAUGAACCACCAAGGACAAGUGUAUCAGGUAUCCUUUUGUCAUUCAUUCAAAAAUUUUUGCGUGAUGCUGCUUCAAAUCUGGAUGAUGGUUCCAAUGAUGCAUGCCGGGCUUAUAAGCAGGCUCCACUUCAUAAAUCAGGCUCAGGAGGGAAAAGGCCUUAUUAA